AUGAAGACUUGGGUAGUACAGGAUGUGCCAGACAUCCUAAAUGCUGAGUGCUACUUUUUUAAUAGUAUCUCAGCUUUCCAUAUGUAUUCGUCGUUCUGGGAAAUCAAAGGUAAGCCUUUCCAAGCAGGAACUGAAUUGUACGAGGACAUCCCAUCACUCGAAGGCUGCUCUACUCCAGAGAUAUGGGAAUUGUGGACGAAACAGGAAUCCCUCAUGGGGAAAUUUAGGUCCGGAGAACUUCACAAUUCAUCCAGAGUAAUAGAAAGUUUAUACCUUGAUUUAGUAGCCAAAGAAAAUGAUGGACGUAACCUAUGGGCUCUUGGUCAAUUCAGUCCAUUGUUGCCUGAACAGAACAAAGACUCAAAUAAAACCAUCAAACCCUGUAUUGGUUUGACAAACAAGAAACAAACUCGAGAUGCUGACAAAGGAAAUGUUUUUGCAGGUGAAGAAAGGAGAGCUCAGCUGCCUGAAGGUUCUGAAGAAAGAAAAAAGGAAGAGGAAUUAUUGUGGUUUUAUGAGUCAUUGUGGAUGGAAUUCGUGCAUGGAAAGCAUUUCCAUGGGAGUUCCUAUAGCAGCCUGGCAAAUUCAUUCAGAUCAGCCAAAGAAUUCUCAGCUAGUAAUAAAGUUUCUGAAAAUUAG